CCGAAGGCGGCUUGAGCGCCUCGCUUCACACUCAACCAGCGUCUCAUGGUUCGACCGCCAGUCAAGUCCGUUGCGCGUGUCUAUCGGGACGUCAACGCUCAACUAGGACCUUCUUGGCAUGAAUAUGACAAUUUGCAGGUUCAGUGGGGCACUCAAGAUCAUUACGAGAUAGUCAGGAAAGUUGGACGCGGAAAAUACUCUGAGGUGUUUGAAGGAGUGAACAUCGUGAACGAUGAGAAAUGCAUCAUCAAGGUCCUCAAACCAGUCAAGAAAAAGAAAAUCAAGCGAGAAAUCAAGAUCCUGCAAAACCUAGCGGGAGGGCCAAACAUUGUAGCACUGCUAGAUGUCGUCCGCGAUCCUGCUUCAAAGAUUCCAAGCUUAAUCACAGAAUAUGUGGACAAUGUCGACUUCAAAGUUUUAUAUCCUAGGUUUGCGGACUAUGAUGUCAGAUUCUAUAUGUAUGAGUUGCUCAAGGCCCUUGAUUUCUGUCACUCGAGAGGGAUCAUGCAUCGAGACGUGAAACCACACAAUGUCAUGAUUGACCACGAGAACCGUAAACUGCGCUUGAUUGACUGGGGUUUGGCAGAGUUCUACCACCCAAAGAUCGAAUACAAUGUCAGAGUCGCCUCACGUUACUUCAAGGGUCCGGAACUCUUGGUAGACUUUCAAGAGUACGACUAUAGUCUGGAUAUGUGGAGUUUUGGUUGUAUGUUUGCUUCUAUGAUCUUCCGUAAAGAACCGUUUUUCCAUGGACACGAUAACUAUGAUCAAUUAGUCAAGAUAGCCAAAGUGCUGGGCACCGACGAACUGCACGCCUACUUGGAUAAGUACAGCAUUCGCCUUGAUCCUCAGUAUGAUGAGAUACUUGGGAGAUAUGCACGAAAGCCUUGGACACGUUUUAUAACCUCCGAGAAUCAGCGGUACAUCUCCAAUGAGGCCAUUGAUUUCCUGGACAAGAUCUUGCGCUACGAUCACCAGGAGCGUCUCACAGCGCGUGAGGCCCAAGCCCAUCCUUACUUUGAUCCCGUCCGCAACCCCGGAACAGGGAACGUCGACGGUGAGAGCGAAGAUUCGGGGGCAUCAUCAGCCUAAUCUAUACACUAAUCGCCCUGAUCUCUACCCUUCUCUACCGCUGCGAAGCAAUGUACUGCUCCCUUUUCCCUUCAGAUUUCUUGUACAACUCCAGACAAAUUCCUCGGUCGAGAUGAAAUACAACAUUGCACGCCGUUGUCAACAUGCC